AUGGACCAGAUCCGCGCCCUGCUCGCCCUCUUCCACCAAAGCCCCUCUUCCGCUUCUUUGUCGACGCCGCCACGACCGACCCCGCUACGACCGACCCCGCUGUUGCUGACUCAGGAGGCUUCGGCGGGCGAGACCGGCGAGACCCUGGUCGACGCGCUGCCGUUCCUGGCCGAGUACGACUGCAGCGCCCUGAUCGUGUCCAACCUGAGGCAGCCGUUCAUUGUGCUGCGAACGAGCCUGGGACUGACGCAUUUGGGAGUGACACACCCGCGCAUCGCCUAUGUCUCCCCGUCUGCCGCCGCAUAUCUCGGGUUCAGUCCGGCGGAACUCGUGGGGCAGAUGGUGAGCAAGCUGGGCGGAAUCGGCGCGGAAGGCAAGCUCGAGCUGGUGCAGCUGAUGUUCGAGAAGCCGCCAUCCAACGUGUCCACGCCCAUCACCAUCACCAGCACCUACUUCAUCCGCAAGAAUGGCGCCCCGGUGCGCCUGGAGACCCAGCACCAGAACCUCUGGGCCGACUCAAUCUCCAAGUGGCACAUCGUUCGUUUGAGGCGCGUGUUGGAGGAGAAUGUGCCGUCGCCGCUGCCGGUGCGGGACCUGGAGGACCUGCUCGCCGACCCGCUCACGCUGAGCGUCAUCGACGCGCGGCUCACCCUCGUCUCCCGGACCCGCGCGCUUGAUGACAUCCACCUCUACUGGCGGUCCCGGGCCACCUACCUGGCCUCCAUCGCCGCCAUCAGCCCCACCGUCAGCUCCAUCGUUGGACCCUCCUCCCUCGCGGGUUUCGUCUCGCCGCUGUCCCCGAUCACCCAGCACGCCAGUUGGAAUCCGGCUUCGUUGUCGUCGCCUUCGCUGUCGGCUUCUUCGCCGUCGUCGUCAUCGUCGCCUGCGACAACGACCACGCAAGAAGACGGCGACAGUGAACAAACGACGCCCUCUUCCGGACACGCCGACGGUCAUCCGCCAGAGGAGGUCGUCGCAAUGGGCACUCCUGGCGGCGGCCCGGCGGGUCUGGAUCUGGACGAGCUGCUGGGCGCCCUGCGCUCGCCGGCCUCGGGCUCGGCCUCCGAGCUGCUGCUCGACGACACCGCGCCCUGGCUCCAGAACGCCGAAGGCCGCUGGGUAUGA